GACCCGCUCGGAACGUCCUCACCCGUGUCGUCAUGAAACUGUCCCUUCUCGUUCUAUCGUCCCUGCUCGCUGCUAGGGAGACUCUUGCUGGCCAGCUCUCUCUGCAGCAGGCGCGUUUCUCGGUCCUUGGAGGUGAUGUUAGUCCGCUGCGGCAGGAACCCAUCUCUCUUUCCCCUGCUAACGAGCCGGACCCGGUUCGUCUGGGGCCGUCUGACACUCUCAAGCUCGCAUUCACAGUUGUCACCAAAGAACAAGAUUCUGAUGCCGAGCCCAAGGGCGUACAGCCACAUCAAACGUUUGUGCGGUUCUUUGACAAGCAAAGUGGAGAGGAGGGCAUCGUUCCUGUGAGGGUCGCGCAGAGCGGCAAAGCAAAGUUCGAAUUGAGCAUGGCUCGACCUCCUUCAUCUCUCCCUCCCACACCCUUGCAGGGCAACGAGACUGCACCACUCACUGUGUCCUUGCUCAUGGGCUCGUUCGACCACUCUCCAUACUCCCUGCAGCUCUUCGACCUCUAUUUGCCACCAUCUCAGCCUGCCCCUGAGCACCCGGAUGAGAAAACGUUCCACCCGCAGCCAGAGAUCCAGCACACUUUCCGCCCUGAGCAAAAAUUGCCGAGCAAGUUCGUGAGCGGACUUGCUGCACUCGUUGUCGUUGGUGGUCCAUGGGUUGUAUUGCUUGGCCUGCUUUCGCAGGUACCUCUGUCUACGCCCCACCUCCUGUCGCCAAGCAUCUUGCCCUUCACUGUCUCCCUGACUGCCUUGGAAGCGCUGCUGUUCUACUACUGGGCUGACCUCAAGCUCGGACAGGUACUAGCAUAUGGUGCUGCAGUUGGACUGGUGACCGUCAUUUCCGGCAAGACGGCACUGGAGAAGCGAGGCGAGUGGAGACUGCAGGGUAAGAAGUAGAGGGGCUAUGUCGGACAGUCACAUGGUGCAACAAAAAAUUGGAGUCGAUUCUGGCUGCUGGAAUAUAUACUGGUUCGAGUUUUUUCUUACGCGACUGAGACCUACGGGUCACGAGAGCCUCAUUCGAGUAUUGCUUGCCGUUCUUACUCGGUCAGCGCGUACAGCAC